UUAGCAUCCAAUUUGAUACCUUUUUGGGGGGGUUACCAUUGGUACCCAUUGAUAGAAAAUUUGAACGAUCAAAGCCCCAUCGAUUACUUUCCUCUCUAUCAAGAUCACGAGAAACACACCAGGUAGUAACUCACAGACGCUUGGUGUGCUCUUUCUAAGUUCUAACACUCCUCACAGACGCUGCUAUUUAUUUUCUCUAGAAUAGAAGUAGAGUCUCCACUCUCUCACAAGCAAAAUGUCCAAAAUGGAUAAUCAGAACCACCACUAUACCAACCUCCAUCAACCUCUCAUCUCCUCCAAACCACCACCAUCUCCCUCACCAAGGUUGCCGUCGUCUUCCACAGAUCACCAAGCCAGCAACCAACUUGAAUCUACAUUAUCAGAUACCCAGUUGCCCAAGUUCAAGCGUCUCCGCUUAGCCACCAUGAUCGAGCUCAAACUAGUCCUCUAUCUCGCUGCCCCAGCUGUGAUCAUCUACAUGAUCAACUACCUCAAGUCCAUGUCUACCCAAAUGUUCUCCGGCCAACUGGGUAACCUCGAGCUCGCCGCCGCCUCUCUCGGCAACACCGGCAUCCAAGCCUUCACCUAUGGUGUCAUGCUGGGGAUGGGAAGUGCAGUGGAAACCCUAUGUGGGCAAGCAUACGGUGCAUCGAAGUAUGAAAUGCUAGGGGUAUACCUGCAGAGAUCAACGAUCAUGCUCAUGAUAAUCGCGAUCCCAAUCACAUUCAUCUACAUCUUCUCCAAACAAAUCUUGAUACUAAUCGGACAGUCGUCAGAGAUUGCAUCCGCGGCAGCUGUGUUCGUGUACGGUCUGAUCCCUCAGAUAUUCGCCUACGCAGCCAACUUUCCUAUACAGAAGUUCCUACAGGCGCAGAGCAUUGUGGUACCCAGUGCCUUAAUAUCAACUGCUGUACUGUGCCUACAUUUGUUAAUAAGCUGGGUUUUGGUGUGCAAGAUCAGGCUUGGGUUGUUUGGAGCUUCGUUUGCUUUGAGCUUGUCGUGGUGGGUUAUGGUGGUGGCUCAGCUCUUGUAUAUAGUGAAGAGUGAGAGGUGUAAGAAGGCUUGGAAUGGGUUCACGCCGGAGGCCUUUGUGGGGUUGUGUGAGUUUUUUAAGCUAUCUGUGUCUUCUGCUGUGAUGCUGUGUUUGGAGAUUUGGUAUAUGCAGAUACUGGUCUUGCUUACAGGAUUGCUUGAUAACCCUCAGUUGUCCUUGGAUUCUCUCUCUAUUUGUAUGACAAUAAGUGGCUGGCUUUUCAUGAUCUCUGUUGGAUUCAAUGCAGCCGCAAGUGUAAGGGUGAGCAAUGAACUUGGAGCUGGACACCCUAAAUCGGCUGCAUUCUCAGUAGUAGUGGUGAGUUCAGUAUCUAUUGUAACUGCUUUGAUCCUAGCUGCUGUGGUGCUUGCAUUACGCGAUGUCAUCAGCUAUGCCUUUACCGGAGGUGAAGCUGUAGCCCACGCCGUGUCCGAGCUGUGCCCGCUGCUUGCCAUCACUGUCAUCCUCAAUGGAGUCCAACCCGUUUUAUCAGGUGUAGCUGUCGGGUGUGGAUGGCAAACAUUUGUGGCUUAUGUUAAUGUGGGGUGCUAUUACAUAAUUGGGAUCCCUUUAGGGGCUUUGUUGGGUUUCAAGUUCAACUUUGGCGUGAAGGGAAUUUGGUCUGGGAUGAUAGGUGGAACAGCAAUGCAGGCCAUCAUUUUACUGUGGGUUACCUUCAGGACAGAUUGGAAAAAGGAGGUGGAGAAAGCCAUGAAACGCUUGGAUAAGUGGAAAGUUAAGGAAGGAUCACUAACAAAGGAGUGAUGGGAGCUUUAGAAUUUGAAAGCAUAAAUGUGUAUCCUAAUUAAUAUUUUCUUUGUAAGAUUGAGGCAACUUUAUAGUGAGGAAUGGCUACCAUCCUAUUGAAUGCACGAGUUGAAAACUAGUAAUAUAUAAAUGUUGCAUCUCA